GCCCAGAAGAGGGCAACCACAAGACUUUGCAACUCCUAAACCAAAUGUUUCUGUGCUCAUAUUUGGCCGGAAAAGUCUGAUAUACAUCUUUUCCUUUUCACAAAAGGGUUCUUGAGAAAGCAGGUUGGUAGAGGGGUAAAAGCUCAGCAGAAAAAAACGCGCGCGCAAGUUGUUCGACGAAAUUCCUGAGAGAAUAUAACAAUAUUAAGAGAUGCCACUAGAACCGAUUAAAUUAUUGAGAAACAGCGCAGGCAUAGUUCUUGGUGGGUUUUUGAUCGUAAACGUGGUUUCCACGGCAGCUCUAGGAGCAUUUCGAGUCACUGCAGAGGAGAAGCGGAAGAAAAGCGGGUUGUGUUGUGGAGUGUGUCGUGGGAAAGGGUUUUAUAUAUGUAAGUUGUGUAAAGGAAACGCAACUAUAAUAUGGUCUCCGUUGUAUGAUCCAGUUUGUAUCAAUCCAUGUCUUUGCCCUACUUGUGAUGGUCACAGGGUACAACGAUGUCUCAAUUGUAUAGGGAAGGGAUAUUGUUGAUUACUCUUUUGAAUCUUCCUUUGGCUUUUACUUUUAGUUAACGGUAAGCUACUUUUGAAAAUUCUACGUGAGCCUUUUUUGUAUUCCAUUGUGAAAUGUAGCAUUUGUAGUUAGUUGUGUUCACUGGUUGUGUACUUCUUAAGGGCCCUGGCUAUCGUUUUCUAACUAUAUAUUUG